AAUACUCCGCGGAUCCAUAUUAUCAAAAAAUAAUAAAUGAAUCCCAAUUCUGGCUAUUUUUGGUUAUUUUUAUUUCCAUUUUAAUGUUGACUUCAUCAUUGGUUUUACCUGAGUUUAUAUUCAGUCGGAUUGAUUGAAAACUCCGAGUCUUGGGAGUGAUUUAAAAAACUAGAAAGUGAAACACGAUAAUCCAUGAAUGCCAAGCAUCACUUUUAUCGCCAACUUCAAUUUGUGCUUAUUGUUUGUUUUUCUCAGUUUUUGAACCCAUUUUGGUGGAAAAGGUCUCAAAAUUUUGAUUCUAAUAUCUAAAGGAUUCAAAAUGUCAUCAAGAUGCAUCAAUUUAGGCAUUCUUCAUCUAAUAACAAAAGACAAAUCGACUCAAGUUGUCUGUAGUUUAUGCUUUCAAUGGUUUACAAAAUGGGUUGCUCAUUUUUUCCCAUAGGCCUAAGUGUUUCAAUUUUAAUUUAGUUUUCUCAAUUUACUAUGUAUAAGUCUACUCAUUUAGUCUGUGAAUCAUGAACAUGAAUAAACUAAACGGCUGAUUGCUUUCGAUAAUGAUACUUUGCUAAUAUAUGUAUAAUGUUAUUCAUGACUUGUUUCACAAAAAUCCUAGAAGUCAGAAAUGAAUGAUUACCAGAAAAAACUAAAAAGACAAUAAUCUGCUGGAAAACCCUGUGGAAUUUGUUUCUAUUUUCAGUCUAAAGUUUCAAUUGAAUGACAAAUAAUUAAAAUUCAUUGUCAUCUCAGGUACUAAUUGAGGUACAAAUCGAGAGUGAAAUAGCCUCGAUAUCAAGGAUAAUGUUUUAAUUGAAGGCAAAUGAUGUUUACAACUGAAAACCGUUGUUAUUGUAAUUGUGAAUAAGCAAGUGUUUGUCUGUCAGAAUGAGUUACAUUGAAACUAGUGGUAAUUUGACCAAAAAAAUUAUGGAUCAAAAUUUUGCAUCAACAUUGACCAUCAACCGAGCAAGUUUAAAUCAAAUUGGAUCAACUAAUUUAGUUUAUUGGCUUUUGUUUUCCACCAUUUUAUUGAUUGUUGCUAAUCUAAUUCAAAGGCUCAUCUCUUUUGUUCAAUUUCAAAGUCAAUUAUCAAAAUUACCUCAGGAACCAAGUAAUCCAUUAACUGGUCAUAUUAACAGGUUUGGAAUUACUUUAACCACAUUAACCAAUCUUCCUGAAAAAGCUAUCAUGGACGAGUGUGAAAGGUUAUUUGAUAAAUAUCGCAAAACUGGAUUCAUUUUAAUCAAAUUAAUGUGGAAACCAUUCUUAAUAAUUUGCAAUCAUUCAAUAGUAAAGAUGAUUGCAGCCAAAAAUGGUUUAGUUGAAAGAGGUGGACAAAUAUAUUUGCUUAAGCCUUGGAUUGGAGAUUCAGUGACCACUUCAUCGGGCUCAGCUUGGUACUCGAAGAGACGGACAAUCAACUUGGCCUUUAACAUGGACUGUUUACCCGUUUACACUAAAAUCAUUGAAAGGCAAACAGUUGCAUUCAUUUCAAAGUUAAACUCAAAUGAAAAUAUUGGACAACAAAUAAACCUUUCCCAUUGGAUUCAUUUACUUGGCUUGGGUUUUAUUGUUGAAAUUAUUUCUGGUCAAUUCAUUGAUUUCCUCAAUCAACAGGGAGCUCAGUAUUUUGAUGAUUUAGAGAUAAUUCAACAAUCUCGAGAACAGCGUCUCUGGUUUCCCCUUUACUGGUCUGAGUUUAUUUAUUCAUUGACACCUUCAGGUUGGAAACAUCGGGCCGCUCUUUCAAGGGUUCACCAGUUUAGUCAGUCGUUGGUUGAAUCUGCUUUGAAGUCAAUGAGGUUGGGGGAAGUUAAUCGGGUCAAAGGUAAACCAAUUGUCGAUUUGAUUGUUCAAAGUUACUGGGAAGAGGCGAAAAGAUCAGGAUCGACUACUGUUAAUGUUCAACAAAUACGCCAAGAGUUGGAUGGGCUUAUCAUGGGCACUUUUGAUACAACACCAAAUGCGAUAACAUUUACAUUGUAUUUGCUUGGUUUACAUCAAUCGUAUCAAGAACAACUCUAUCAACAAUUGAAUGAACUGGAUCGAGAUCACGAAACUGGUUUACCCAGAAGUCAAGAUAUCAUGAAACUUGCUUACUUAGAUGGAGUUGUUAAGGAAGCUCUUCGUCUUUACCCGCCAGUCCCAUUUGUCCAGAGACAACUCGACAGUGAGAUUACAAUUGAUGGACAGUUGAUUCCUCCUGGAAUGGAUAUCACACUUUGCCUUUACUUUCUUCAUCGGGAUCCCGAAAUAUUUCCUGAACCAGAAUCGUUUUUUCCAGAUCGUUGGUCCAAUUCAUCAACUUCAUUGCCUCUAACAUCUUACCUACCCUUUGGGUUUGGAUUAAGACAUUGUGUUGGUAAAAAAUUAGGCUUAAUCAUUAUGAAAUUGACUAUUGCUCAUAUUAUAAUCAACUUUAAACUAACCUCUGAUAAACCAUUGAAAUCUAGCGAUGUUAAACUGAGCACAGCAAUUAUACCGAAAAUACCGCUUAUGGUUUCAUUGGAAAGAAGAAUAAUUGAAAACAUGUAAAUACUCAUUCAUAUAAUUUUAUCAAAUUAGAUUUACAUUGAAAAAAUUCAUGUUAGGAAGGAAAAAUAUAUUGUUACUAAUAGUGAAUAAAAGAUAGCCAUUUGGCCAGAAUUUUAUUUUUAAAUUGUUGUUCCGUAAUAAAUUAACCAAUACAGUCAAAGAUGUAAUUUUCUGGUCAUUUUUGCAUUACAAUAUGAAUUUACUUCAAUGUGAAUUUAGUUGUUUUCAAGUGAAAUAAUGUAAAAUAAUGUUUUUUAAGAUAGAUUAUCACAAAUUUGUUGUUUAUUUUUAAUUGAGUGGGUUUUAUGCAUUUAAGGCAUUGGAAUAAAAGGAAAAUAAAAUAAAAUUGCAUAAUUUUGUUAAAAAUAAAGUUCAUGUCUGCAAUCCAUCCUUUCCAGCUGAAUUUAAUUUAAUAUACUAAAAAUAUGGGCCGGAAAACAGUCAAAAAUGGAGAUGAAUUGUCAUAAUUGAAAUAAUAAUUGUAACCAAACUUGUUCAACAAGUGGAUGUAAACUCUUCGAUAUAAAAGAUUGAACCAAUUGAAAGACUGGCUGAAU